GUGCGCGGGCCGGCGAAAAUGGCUCGGGCUUCGAGGGCGAGGGCGACGACAGCAGCCAGCUUGCUCAAGACGGACGCCAAGGAGGAGAAGAUCUUCAAGUCGUUCUACACUCUCAUGAACCUCUUGCGAGGGGUCUUCUUCGACUUGACAGGACAGAUCGCGACCGAGAAUGCCUUCCGUGGAGCUGUCCCUGAGACGGUGGUUAAGGCCUUUGGGGUGGACCACCUUUGGCCGCUCAUUGGUUUCGCCUGGCAUGCUCUCCUUGAGAAGAGCUUGGUGAGCAUCGAACAGCAGGAGCUGAAACCAUGCCACUUUGUGUUCGGGAAUCCCGGACGCUCUGACUGGCCCAACAAGGUGCAGAUCUCGAGGGACGACAUCUAUGCCACAGGCACAGUGCGCACCUUCAUGGACAACGUCGAUGCCAUGCUGAAGUCGGGGAUGAGGGUCAAACAGUGGGAUGGCUUGGUGGAGGUCAUCAAGGCUGCUUGCAUGGAU